AUGGCCGCCACGCCGGGGCUCCGCUACCCCUCGAACAAGAAAACCAUCUAUGACCGCAACCUGAACCGGAGCAAGAACGCGGAGCUGAGCCGGGCGGCGUUUGCGUACCUGUUCGUCGAGAUGAUUAGCUACGCACAGAAGCGGGUCAAGGGGAUUGCGGAUCUGGAAAGACGGCUCAACCAGCAAGGCUACCCGCUCGGCCUGCGCCUCCUCGACCUGCUCCUCACGCGCGCCUCCCCGCCCUCGCUGCGCCCAACCCGCAUCCUCCCCUUGCUGCAAUUCAUCGCGCAGACCCUCUGGCGCCACCUCUUCAGCCGGCCCGCCGACGCGCUUGAGAAAUCCGAGAGCGACCCCGCGCAGUACAUGCUGUACGACAACGACCCGCUGCCGAACACGUAUAUCAGCUUGCCGAAGGAGAUGAGCCAGCUGAACUGCGCGGCGUUUGUCGCGGGCGUGAUUGAGGGGGUUUGCGACGGCGCGGGGUUCCCGACGACGGGGGUGAGCGCGCAUAGUGUGGGCGAGCAGGAAGGGGGCGGGGGCGUGGAAGGGCGGAUGUGGCCGGGGAAGACGGUGUUUUUGAUUUGUUUUCGCGGGGAGGUGUUGGAGAGGGAGGAGGUGCUGGGACGGGGGGGGAGUGGGUAG